AUGUAUUUUGUGUUGUGUGUAAGACGUUGUCAAAACCCUACCAAAAAACUAGCCUUACAUUCAACAAAAAGUCGAACAAAGUUGAUCAGCGUACGACGUUUAUUAAACAAACUUUUCUUAUCCAUCUAUCGUGGAGCAAUGGCCAUACUCAAUUUGUUUAUCCUUACGGCCCUCGUAUCCUGUGACGCUACCGUUGCCCUAAACGGAACUUCUCCCAAAGUCGUCAAUAGCCCUAAUGCAACAAUAAGUCAACACAUAGUAGGUGGUGGCGACGCAGGACCUACCCCGUACCACGUGUCCCUUCAGAAGCGGGGUCACUUAUGUGGUGGUGCCAUCAUCGAUCAGAAAUGGAUUUUAGUGGCUGCCCACUGUUUGACAAAUGGAAAUCCUAACGAAAUGACAGUACUGGCAGGAACUAACCGACUUAGCAGAGGAGGGAGACGAUUCAAAGUGUCUAAACUGAUUCAACAUCCGCAGUAUGACAGCAAGAGGGUGAUAAAUGACAUUGGAUUGGUGAAAAUACAAGGAUCGUUUGGGUGGAUUCCGAAAGUGAUCGAAAAGAUUGGCAUUUCGAAAAGUUUCGUGAAUGGUGGACAAGAGGCAAUUGCUACAGGAUGGGGUGGCAUGCGACAGAAUGGAGGACCAAUGUCAGACAAACUACAGUUCGUAAGGUUGCGCGUGAUCAGCGAGGAUCAGUGUAAGGCCAAACUGAAUAAUAUUGGCGCUGGACAUAUUUGUACACUCACUAAGGAAGGUGAAGGCAUGUGCGGGGGUGAUUCGGGUGGUCCAUUAGCGAGCAAAGGAAAUGUGAUCGGUGUUAUUAGUUUUGUAGUUGGUUACCCACCUAAUAAAGGUUGCGCUGCUGGUCUGCCGGAUGGAUUUUCCAGGGUUUCCCAUUACUAUGACUGGAUAAAGGAGACAUUUCGUCGCGAAUAAUUCAAAUUAGAAUAACUGAAGAAAUAAUUAUCACUUUUGCAAAAAAACAUGGUCAUGAAAUAGCUUUUCCUUUUGUGGAUCGUUUUGAUGGAAUACCGAAAAUAAAAAGAGAUAGAUUUCCUGAUAACCACCUGGUGGAAUUAAAAAGAAAUCUUUCUCUAUUUUCUAUUUAUAAA